AGAGCAGAGCAGAAACAGUCCAAUAGCAACCGUUUCGGUUCUAUAAUUUGUUUGUUUAGGAACCCAGACGCAUUUUGGGAUCUGGGUUUCUGAGUUUCUUUGAUUAUAAUUCUUUGUCUUUGGAUUGAUUAUGGGUUCCUUUCGUCUCCCUGUUCUGGGUCUUGUGUCUCUGCUACUGUGCUCUGCUGCUUGCUAUUCUUUAGAGGAAGACCGAAUAAUUGAGUUACCAGGGCAACCACCCAAUGUUGAGUUCUCUCAGUACUCAGGAUACGUUACAGUUGAUGAAAAAGCCGGCAGGGCUUUGUUCUACUGGUUGGUAGAGGCCCCGGCGAGUCGUCUUUCUGAAUCGAGACCUCUCGUUCUGUGGCUCAAUGGAGGGCCUGGGUGUUCUUCUGUGGCUUAUGGAUUUGCAGAAGAGAUCGGACCUUUCCGUAUUCAUCCAGACGGGAAGACCCUUUUCUCCAAUCCUUCCGCUUGGAACAGUCUGGCGAAUUUGCUUUUCUUGGAAUCUCCCGCUGGUGUGGGUUUCUCGUAUUCGAAUACUACUUCAGAUCUAUAUACUGUCGGUGACAAUAGAACAGCUGAAGAUGCAUAUACUUUCCUAGUCGAUUGGUUCGAAAGAUUUCCCCAAUACAAGUAUAGAGAUUUCUACAUUGCUGGAGAAAGUUAUGCAGGUCACUAUGUUCCUCAAUUGUCUCAAAUUGUUUACGAGAAAAACAAGGGAAUCAAGAAUCCUGUUAUUAAUUUCAAGGGGUUCUUGGUAGGAAAUGCAGUUACAGAUGAUUAUCAUGACUUUGUCGGAACUUUCGAAUAUUGGUGGAGUCAUGGCUUAAUUUCUGAUGCUACUUAUAGAACUUUGAGAGUUUCGUGUGAUUUUGGAUCUUCUACGCACCCAUCUGAUGCAUGCACGAAGAUUCUAAAUGUUGCAGCGUCAGAACAAGGAAAUAUUGAUCCUUACAGUAUAUACACACGUACUUGCAAUGAAACUGGAUCUCUCAGGCGGAAUUUAAGAGGCCAUUAUCCAUGGAUGCCCAGAGCAUAUGAUCCCUGCACUGAAAGGUAUUCUACGAUGUACUUUAAUCGCCCAGAAGUGCAAAAGGCAAUCCAUGCCAAUGUAACUGGCAUUCCUUAUCGUUGGGAUACAUGCAGUAAUAUUGUUGGGAAUUACUGGGCUGAUGCCCCCCUAUCUAUGCUUCCUAUCUAUCGAGAGCUUAUAGCAGCUGGUCUCAAGAUUUGGGUGUAUAGUGGAGACACUGAUUCUGUGGUGCCUGUCACUGCAACUCGAUACUCAAUUGAUGCUCUCAAGCUACCAACCAUCAUGAACUGGUAUCCCUGGUAUGACAAUGGAAAGGUUGGUGGGUGGAGCCAGGUAUACAAAGGUCUGACAUUUGUAACAGUAAGGGGUGCAGGGCAUGAGGUUCCUCUUCAUCGCCCCCGACAAGCUUUAAUAUUAUUCAAAUAUUUCUUAGAUAGUAAGCCGAUGCCUAGCUCAAGCAAUUAGUCCAAUACAUCUGAUCCUGAGGAAUGAGAAAGAUUUGAUAGAACCUCACCAAGUAGGAUAAAAAAGGAAAGAAAAAGAUAUAUGAUCUUUACAUACCAAUUCAUGCUCAUGCUGGGGCUCUGGUCUUACAAGGAUUAUGAGUCUCAUCAACUACCAUUGUCUUUUAUGGCUUCCUUUUGUAUUUAUUGAUUUUUAACAUUUUAGGUCUAUUCAUCAUGCUGCAUGGAUUCAUGCAAGUGUUUUGGCAAUGUACCAAAAACUGGGAACCAACUAUAUAUGAAUUUUUCAAGA